GCCGGAGUCAUGUAUUCAAAGCGUCUACGUUUCUAGGAUUGCUGGGAACAUUCCGCCUGCUGCUAACCCAAACAGCGGCUACCGAUGAAAACUGACAAGAAGCACUGACUGAAAACAGUCAGAAAACGGAGGAAUUAACUUUUUUUUUUUUGCAAAACUCCACCUGCCAGUACUCUCAUGAGACUCCAUCAGUGUUUUGAACUGUCACUUGCUCUUCGUGUUUCCAACAAAGGGAAGAAAAUGCUCGUGGAAUUGUUUCACUCGCCAUGAGGGGAGAAUAAGCAACAACAGAGGGGAAACAAUCUCGUUACACUCGCUCGUUUUGCCUCAGUACGUCAAACAAAGGAGUCCUCUGAGGAAAAAGUGACUUCAGUCUCUCACGUAAGGUGUCUGUCCGGGCUGCUGGUGAACGCUGUCAUGCCGAACAGCAGGUUGGUGUAAGCGCGAAUUCGUGUGAGGGAUUUUUGUGCGAGUCUGGAGCAACAUGAGCUGUUUCUGCUCGGUGCAAGAGGAGUUUUACUGCGAGGUGCUGCUGCUGGACGAGACCAAGCUCACCUUAACCUCUCAGCAGCAGGCCAUUAAGAAAUCCACCAAGGGCUCAGUGGUGCUGGACUACGUGUUUAGCCAUGUGAACCUUCUAGAGAGCGACUACUUUGGACUGCGCUACUGCGACCGCAGUCAUCAAACGUAUUGGCUCGAUCCUACAAAAACCCUUGCUGAACAUAAGGAUCUGAUAACAACUGGACCCCCGUAUACCCUCUAUUUUGGUGUUAAAUUUUACGCUGAAGAUCCCUGUAAGCUAAAGGAGGAAAUUACAAGGUACCAGUUCUUUCUUCAGGUGAAGCAGGAUGUGCUGCAAGGAAGGCUUCCCUGUCCAUUCAAUAUCAGUGCACAGAUGGCAGCUCUGGCUAUUCAGUCGGAGCUUGGAGAUUACGAUCCGUACAGGCAUAUGCCAGGCUACGUGUCGGAGUAUCGCUUCGUCCCCGACCAGAAAGAAGACCUGGAGGACUCCGUUGAGCAGAUUCACAAAACUCUAAUGGGUCAGACUCCUUCCGAAGCUGAGAACAAUUACUUAAAUAUCGCCAAAACACUGGAGAUGUACGGGGUGGACCUUCAUCCUGUGUUUGGAGAAAAGCAGUCUGAGUAUUUCCUCGGCCUGACACCAGUCGGAGUCGUAGUUUACAAAAAUAAAACCCAAGUCGGGAAGUAUUUCUGGCCAAGAAUUACAAAAGUGUUUUUCAAAGAAACACAGUUCGAGCUGCGUGUUUUGGGGAAAGAUGGCAGCGAAACAUCGUUUUUCUUCGAAGCUCCCAGCAAGACGGCUUGUAAGAACCUUUGGAAGUGCUGCGUGGAACACCACACCUUCUUCAGAAUGCCAGAAAAUGACUCCAACACAUUGACAAGAAAGCUGUCGAAACUCGGCUCUCUCGGUUCCCGACAUCGUUACAGUGGGAAGACAGCCAUGCAGAUGGGGAAGGAUCAGUCAGUAGGUUUGCCCAGGCCGGACCUGGAGGUGGUGCGGACCCGCAGUAAGACCUACCCCAAGAGGAGCGCUCAGCCCACAGGAAUGAACAAUGCAAGCAGGAAGGCAGGAAAUUCCCUGAGUGAAGGCCAGGCUAAAAACACCACACUUUCCCCAGCUAAGAGCCCCAAAGCAUCCAAGACAGAGGUCAGUUCAGAGGACCAGCCAGGCAAGCCCACUGCACCCUGGGACGAGAACGCACCGCAGAGUGGGCUGUACAACUCGGCCAGUGAGCGAAACAAAUCCCCCAAAUUCCCCAAUGCCCGCAGACGCUCACCCUCAGGAGGCAGCGAGAACGAGCCGUCUCAAGCAGCCAGGCACAGAAGAGGCCAGAGCAGCGAGGACCCAGCCAGCAAACAGCACAGGAGAAGAUCACGUUCCCGCGGCAACACCAGCAGUGGCAGCGAGUCGGAGAAUUCCAACAGGGAGCAUCGUAAAAAGAGGAACCGGUCACGUCAGGAGAAUGAGAUGGUUGACUCGGGCCCUCAGUGGGAGGCUGUGCUUCGCAGACAGAAGGAGAAAACCCCGAAUGACCCCAACCAUCGCCGGUCACGCCAUCGCUCCAGAUCAAGAAGUCCUGAUGUGCAGGCCAAGGAGCAGUUGUGGAAACAUAUUCAGAAAGAGCUGGUUGAUCCAUCUGGCCUUACUGAGGAACAACUAAAGGAGAUUCCCUAUAAGAAAGUAGAAACCCAAGGUGAUCCAAUCCGCAUCCGGCACUCUCAUUCACCUCGGAGCUUCCGGCAGUACCGGCGCUCGCACUGCUCCGACGGCGAGAGGUCCGUCCUCUCAGAGGUCAACUCUCGAACUGAUCUGGUGCCCCCACUCCCUGUCACCCGCACUGCAGACGUGCCCGGGUCCAGCACCUCCACCUCACAGAAGAAGAAUGGAUCCAAAGACAACCUGUCAGAGAGUUCCGAGCAGGAGACAAAGAGCAGCGCCAAGGUGGUGAAGACUGCACAUGGGCCUCGGACAAAAAACGAAACAUGACUGUUUUCACCAAGAAAGGUUAGGAGUUGAGAUGGACAGAAAGAGUCAAAAGUUGUAGGCAUAUACUGAGACCUGGAAGUAUUCCGGAGUUCUAGAGGGAAGUUUUAAACAAACUUGGAACUCCUUUCUAAAGAAUUCCACGCCAUAAGUCUAUAAAGACUCAGAAACUCCAAAAGAAAUGGCACUGGGUUCUUGGAGUCUUGUCAAUACGUCGACUAGCAUCUCAAUCAGUCAACUUUUUUUUUUCCAAACCAUCCAACUAAUCUGACAAUCAAAUGAAGGAUAAUGGACCAUUUGUACAGCACAUUCCGCAGUCUUUAAGGUUACAUUGGCAUUGUUGACACUGAUUUUGAAUUUUAUACAGUAUUAAAUAUUCUCAGACGCAUUAUAUUACAUGUGGAAAUGAUCGUGGAAAAAGCUUGUAUUAUCAAUUUUUUUGUCCUCAAUUGUUAGAAUGACUCUGCUGUAGGAAAUUUUGCUGCUGUAUUCCUUUGUAUUGUUUUUGCACAGUAACACGUUCUCGUCUUUCUUUGCUGUUACGAAAAAUCAUUGAACAUGGUUUACUGUAGCUGAGCUGGAGACUCUUGUCAAUAAAAAUCCUUGUCGACAGCA